CAUCUCCUCUCCCAACUCAUUCCUCUUCUGCACUUCUGCACACCAUGAACUUAGCUGACACCAUCACCACCACCUCCUCCACCUCCUCUUCAUCCCCUCCUCUCCUCUCUCUUUCUCCACCGAUCAUCCUCAGCCCUUGCGCCGCCUGCAAGAUUCUCCGGCGCCGCUGCGUCGACAAAUGCCUUCUUGCCCCUUACUUCCCCCCCACUGAUCCCCUCAAAUUCACCGUUGCCCAUCGCGUCUUUGGUGCCAGCAACAUCAUCAAAUUCCUCCAAGAAUUGCCUGAAAGCCACCGAGCUGAUGCAGUGAGCAGCAUGGUGUACGAGGCCAAUGCAAGGAUAAGAGACCCCAUUUACGGCUGCGCCGGAGCAAUCUGCAAGCUUCAGAAGCAAGUGACCGAGCUCCAGGCUCAGCUCGCUCGAACCAGAGCUGACCUUCUUCAUGUCCAAACUCAGCACGCCAACUUCCUCGCCCUUCUCAUGGCGUCCUCUUCAAUGCAGUCACCUCCGAUCAAUAUUCAAUCACCAUUGGAUUCACCAAACUUCUUAUAUGAUGGCGACAGCGACAACAAUGGCGCCCUGGCUUAUGGCUCCGUUUGGGAGGAUUCCUUGUGGGCCUGAUAUUCAUUUUAUUUUUUUUAUGAUGAGAGGGAUGAUGAAGAUGAAGAGCUGGAUCAAAAAUAAGCUUUUUAAUAAUUUGAUUCGUAAGAUUGACUGAACUUAAUUUGUCUGAUGGGAUUCAAAUGUUUCUCUCGAGCUAAUUAAUCACAAUUAGCAGUUCAGUUUAUCUGCU